UUGUGGUUGGCGAGACUUCCUGUUGCUCAGUCGUCCUUGGUCGUUGAGUUGUGUUAAUGAAUUUGGCGAUGCAUCCCACAUUAGCAUAAGUACGUGUACGUGGGAGAUGGAGAGGCAGGUUGGCUGGAGGACAGUUUCGCUUACUUGAAGCGAGCGCUCCGUAUGGAGUCUCCAACACCGAGGCUGAGUGAAUCCAAUCUCAAGAAGUUAUCCCGAGGACUUAGAUCCUCCAAGAAAAGCCUCCACUCGGUUCACUCAGCCCUUGAGACCCACAGCGUCCAGGAUGGGCAGCUCAGUGGACGAUCCGUAUCCCUUUCGACAUUGCUGCCAUCUGGAGGCCCCGGCGGCAUGCGUCCGAGAGUCGACAAACUGCAGACUUUGGAGGCCAAGAUGGCGAGCAUCGAAGUCUCUCUGGGCUGGAAGCGGCGGCGGGAAGCGCUCCUCGAAACCCUUCCUCGCGCCGCCCGCGACCUCGUAAGGGAGUUGGAUACCCUCCAUCAGGCGCUCAAGGACAAGGACACCGUCAUCCAGUCCCUGAAGACCCAGAUCACCAACCUCGGCGGGACGGUGGGCGGCGGCAGCGAUCUCGGGGGGGUUCUCUCGGAGGCCGAGCGAAGGUCCAUUCAGGAGCGACUGAACAAGGUGCAGGCGGAGAUGGACGCCAAGAAAGUCGCCAUCAAGAAUCUCAAGCUGGCGUUGGAGAAGAUUGAUAUUACUGAUAACAUCGAUGUAAGAAUCCACGCAGCUGAACUCGAAUAUGAAUUAGAGAGAGAGGAACUCAACGUCUUAAAUCUGAAGGAGGAGUCAUCAGUUCUGGGUGCUCGCCUGCAGGAGAACAGUCCCUCAAGUGCUUCAGGUGCCCCUGGAUCGCAGACGACACUCCACACACUCAUCUCAUCAGCAGGGGGAGCGGCAGCACUUUCUGGUGCAUCACUGACGAAUAUUAGUAUUAAUCAUACCCCAGGAAACCCAGACUUCCAUGUUACACCUCAGACACCCUAUGGCUGUGUUAUUGACUGGGCGACCGAGGAAACUAGACUCCGGAAGGGUGACAGGUUACUUGAGGUUAAUGGAGAGUGUGUGGUGGGUCGAGGGCUGGAUUUAGUUACAAGGCUUAUGGCCUCAGCAACACACCUUAACCUCGUUGUAGCAAGACCGAAUUCAGGUACAGGAGCAAGAAAGUCAGAGGUACGGCUUGAAAAGCAACUUGAAGACAGAGCAAAAGAAGUAAAAGAUUUGGUUUCCAGACUUGACAAGGCUCUAAAAGACAAGGAAACCCUGAAAAGUGACAAUACGCGCCUAAAUCAUCGCAUCAGUUACCUAGAAGAUCAAGUUUCAGAACUGCAAGCAACUCUCAAUCAUACCCGUGAAGUUGCUCUGAAGCACAGUGACGGAGAAGCAAUUGUCACAACCUCCCAGCCAGGGGCAACAGUCAUACAGGUUUUUCAAAAGGGUGAUCAGAAGUUAGCAGUAGCAGGGCAUGAAAUAAGUAAUGGGGUUGAACGUGCAGAACAGUACCCAACCCUUCCAAGGCUAAGAUCACCAAAUUCUUCUGUGUCCUCAUAUCCAAGUACUUCCUCUGAUCCCCAUACAAAUCAUUCUCACGGGUACACAAUAUCCUCAAGACCUUCCUCGGCAGCUGAAACUCGCAGGCGGGUUCUUUCUCCUCGCCCAGACUCAAAAAAUGAGGAUUCGAGGCCACCUUCACGCACAAAGCCAAAGCCACCAAAAAAGCCAGAACGUUUAAGCCUUCAGAGGACUACAAGCCUGCAAAGCGUAGAUGAAGGAAUGUCAACCUCUCAUUCAAGUUCCCGCUAUAAUACGCUCCAUAAUUGGCCUUCGCUUGACACUGACUUGAAUGAUAAAGACUAUGACCUCCAGUCCCAAACAAUCUAUGAACAAAAUUCUGAGAGACCAGAUGACAGACUCCAAGACCGCUCAUGCAGCAGAUACCAAGGACGAUAUCACCACAGAUCUAGAGACAGAAAGAUGGAACAAUAUUCCUCAAGUCCAAACUCUGAAGGAAGUGUCUGGAUGGUUGUUAAUGGCAGUCUACCUUCUGUAGAAAAGUUGAGUAGACGGCCAAGUCCUCAGGGUGCUGCUUCUACUUCAGUUCAUGAGGGGUAUCCAACACAUAGUCCCCUGAGGCCACAUUCACCUGAUGCUGCAGUUCACCUAGAAGCAGACCACACUAGAAGUCGUGAUUUAGAUGUGCCAGAAAAUGAAACUUACUGUCAUUCAGGGGUUUCUGCAGUUCCUCCAUAUGGUAAUCAUUAUCACCAUGGUCACAGUCACCAGCAUCACUAUACACAUCAUAAGCAGCAUUCAUUGCAGUCACCUCACAAGUCCCCUACACGAUCUUCUGCCCUCAGUGUGGCCACCAGUCCUAGACCACAUGAACAGUGGUGCUGAACAGUUAUCCAGUUUUGCAUCAAGAUACUCCCCCCCC